UAAGAACCAAUUAAAAAAAAAAGAAUCAUCUCUUCAACAUAAAAUUCACAUGAUAGGUAAGGUAACCAAAGAAGAAAACUAAUUCUAGUAUUUAUCCAAAAACGAAAAAAGAAAAUGAUCUGAAGAACGAAAAAGAAGAGCAGCAUCCAUGAGUGAUCACACUAACCCCCCAACAGCAAUGCCGGAACCACCGCAACCCCCAUCGCCGGAAAACGACGUCGCAGCAGCUUCCCUUCAAAACUCCUCGGAGGACCCAGACUCCUCCCUCCCCACCCAAACCCUCUCCCCAGACUCCUCCUCGGGGCCCCAAAACCCCACCUCCACCCGACCCGACCCGGUCCCCCCGCCGCGGAAGCGCCGCCGCCGCAAGAAAUUCUUCACCGAGCUCACCGCCGCGGCGUCGGUGGCCAAGACGCGGCGCAACGACGUGGCCAAGGACUGCGACGUGGAAGCCCUAAUCGCGAUCUCGGUGGGGUUCCCGGUGGAUUCACUCACCGAGGAAGAGAUCGAAGCCAACGUGGUUUCCACCGUCGGAGGCUCCGAGCAAUCGAACUACAUCGUGGUGCGCAACCACAUCCUGGCGCGGUGGCGCUCCAACGUCUCCGCCUGGCUCACCUGCGACCGGGCCCUCCGGUCGAUCCGCUCCGAGCACAAGGGUUUGGUCGAAACCGCUUACCGGUUCCUCCUGGAGCACGGUUACAUCAACUUCGGCGUCGCGCAGGAGAUUAAAACCCUCAAAUUGAAACCUUUUGACGGGUCCGAAUUAGGAACGGUUAUCGUGAUCGGUGCUGGGCUCGCGGGCUUGGUCGCGGCGAGGCAAUUAGUGUUUAUGGGCUUUAGGGUUGCGAUUUUGGAGGGUAGGACCCGACCCGGUGGGAGGGUUAAGACUAAGAGGAUGAGUGGUGAUGGGGUUGAGGCUGCAGCGGAUUUUGGUGGGAGUGUUCUCACUGGAAUAAAUGGAAACCCUCUAGGGGUUCUUGCGAGGCAAUUGGGGUUGCCCUUGCAUAAGGUGAGGGAUAUUUGUCCUCUCUAUUUGCCUGAUGGGAGGAGUGUUGACUCUGAGGUUGACUCUAGAGUUGAGGUUUCGUUUAACAAGUUGUUGGAGAGGGUUUGUAAGCUAAGACAGGCCAUGAUUGAGGAGGUGAAGUCGGUGGACGUGCCGUUGGGGACGGCGUUGGAGGCGUUUCGGAGGGUUUAUAAGGUGGCGGAGGAUAAGGAGGAGAGGAUGUUGCUGAAUUGGCACCUCGCGAAUUUGGAGUACGCCAAUGCGACACUCAUGGCGAAUUUGUCGAUGGCGUAUUGGGAUCAGGAUGAUCCCUAUGAGAUGGGGGGUGAUCAUUGUUUCAUUCCUGGGGGGAAUGAGAUAUUCGUGAGGGCGUUGGCCGAGGAUCUUCCGAUUUUCUAUGGGAGGACUGUGGAGUGUGUGAAGUAUGGGAGUGAUGGGGUGGUGGUUUGGGCUGGUGGGCAGGAGUUUAGGGGGGAUAUGGUGCUGUGUACGGUUCCAUUGGGGGUGCUGAAGAAGGGGGAUAUUGAGUUUGUGCCUGAGCUUCCUCAGAGGAAAAAGGAUGCUAUUCAUAGGUUGGGGUUUGGGUUGUUGAACAAGGUUGCAAUGUUGUUUCCUUAUAAUUUCUGGGGUGGGGAUAUUGACACGUUUGGUCAUUUGACUGAGGAUUUGAGUAUGAGGGGUGAGUUUUUUCUGUUCUAUAGCUACUCGUCGGUGUCUGGGGGGCCGCUUCUGGUUGCACUUGUCGCCGGAGAGGCUGCGAUUAGGUUUGAGAUGAUGUCACCGCUGGAGUCUGUGAGAAGGGUGUUGGACAUUCUGAAGGAUAUUUUCAAUCCGAAGGGGAUUGUUGUUCCGGAUCCGGUUCAGGUGGGGUGUACUCGGUGGGGGAAGGAUCACUUUGCCUAUGGAUCUUACUCUUAUGUUGCUGUUGGAUCUUCAGGUGAUGAUUAUGAUAUUCUUGCAGAGAGUGUUGGAGAUGGUAGAGUGUUCUUUGCUGGAGAGGCAACUAGCAAACAGUAUCCUGCCACAAUGCACGGGGCGUUUCUAAGUGGAAUGAGAGAGGCUGCAAACAUUUUGAGAGUGGCAAAGAGGAGGUCUUCGAUGCUUGUUGAGAGUGACACAUCAAAAAGUGUCACCCAGAAGAAUGAUGAUUUGAACAGAUUGUUUGAGAAACCUGAUCUGACAUUUGGGAGCUUCUCUGCGUUGUUUGAUCCAAAACUGAGUAAUCUUGAUUCCAGUUCAUUACUGAGGGUUAAAAUUGGAGGAGCUGUCAUGGAUUCUGGCAGUCUUUAUCUCUAUGCCUUACUUUCAAAGAAGCGUGUCAUUGAGUUGAGUCAGGUGGAGGGAGACGAGAACAGGAUGAGAAUGUUGAACCGCGAUUUUGGGGUGAGUUUGGUAGGGAGGAAGGGUUUAAGUAGUGCUGUUGAAUCUCUUAUUGCCAACAUAAAACUGUCUAGACCCAACUUCAAUGAAGAGGAAAAUGGUCUCGUGGCUGUGAAAGAAAAUUCUUAGUAGCAUCAUGGAGAAUAGAACCUCCUUGAUCCUGUUAACUGUAUUGAACUUGCAUUUUUCUGUUAGAUUUAGAUAUUGACCAUUUUUUCCCACUCAUUAUUAGACAUUUUCCCCAAUCAUGUUACAUUAUGAACAAAUUGAACUGGCACUCCUGUAUUCUCUUCUGUAUGAUCAUGAGUGUAAAAUGAAAUGUUUAAAUGUAAGUUGGUUACCAAUGAUCAAAUCGUGUAUACCACAUUCAAUGAACAAAAAAUAGUUCUAAAUUUUCGACAAUA